AUGCCUUGGACCCCGCGCUUGCUUGCCCUUCUCCUCCUCCUCCUCCUCCUCCUCCUGGACCCGGCCUUUUGCAGUUACUCCGAGGAUCAGUGCAGCUGGAGAGGAAGUGGUCUCUCCCAAGAAGCUGGCAGUGUGGAACAGAUCUCCUUGCACUGUGCCGAAGGAUCCCUGGAAUGGCUGUACCCAGCCGGAGCGUUGCGCCUAAGCCUGUCCCCCCGCCUGCCCACGGGCCCCGCCGGCAAAGAGAAACCGCAGCACGUCACCGCUUGCAUCAAGUCCUCCAGCAGCUUCCGGGGAGCCCAGAUUUACUUGGAACGAGACGGGGUCUUGGAGCUGCUCCUCUCGGAGACGGACGCGGCCCUCCAGCCCAAGGUGCGCUGUUUCAGGUGGCUGCCGCGAGAGAAAGUCGCCCUCUUCUUGCAGUCCACUUUGCACCAAGACAUCAGCCGUCGGAUUGCAGCUUUCCGUUACGAGCUGCGGGGCGAGGGGAACGCUCACUUCUCCUGGUCCUGGAGGAACCUCAGCGUGGAAGAUGCAGGGACUUGCCGUCCGUGUAACAACACCGAAAUCCUGAUGGCAGUUUGCACAAGUGAUUUUGUUAUCCGUGGCAACAUCAAGGCCGUCUCCAAUGACAGGGAAGCCCAAGAAUCGAUCAUCGGCGUGAGUGCCACUCGGAUCCACCGGCAGAAGUUCGCUCUGUUUCAACCGCUUGGCAAAUCUGGAAAAUCCACAGGCAGCAUCCACACCCUGCUACGAUGUGGGGUGAGGCCCGGUCCGGGCAGUUUUUUAUUCACUGGGUGGAUGCACUUUGCUGAGGCCUGGCUCACCUGCGCUCCCCGGUACAAAGACUUCAUCCGCAUUUACGAGGAGGCGCGGCAGGCUCACGAGAACCCCUGUGAGGUCUCGUUGGACUGA